UUUUAUUUUCUACUUUUUUUCUGUGUAGAAUUUAUGUAAAAAUACCUGUGAAAUUGGAUUCAUUAUGUCCGAAGAUAAUUUAACUGGGAGUGAUAACUCAGACAUCGAGGAAGGUGGGAAUGCUGAGCUUCGUGGUUACCUGAGUAAAUGGACAAACUAUAUUCACGGUUGGCAGGACAGGUUUAUUGUUUUGAAGGAUUCAACUUUAUCCUAUUACAAAAGCGAAUUAGAGAGUAAUCUUGGAUGUCGCGGUGCCUUAUGUCUGAAAAAAGCCAAAGUUAAGCCUCAUGAGUUUGAUGACUGUCGUUUUGAUGUUUCCGUCAGUGAUUGCGUGUGGUACUUGCGAGCCUCGAAUCCGGAGGAGAAACAGCAGUGGAUUGAUGUUUUGGAGUCAUUUAAAGUGGAGUCUGGAUAUGGCACAAGCUCAGAUAGCAGUUCCAAUGGCGGUGGAUUGCGGCGUCACGGAUCCGUCACGUCCUUACAGUCGACGGGUUCUCAUGGACGCACUUCUCGCCGGCUGGCCGAAAAGAUAGCCGAACUGGACACAUACGGCGAACUGCUUUCAAAACAGUCGACACAGCUGCAGCAGUACUUUGACAUGUGCGUGGCCAAGCUGCCGGAGAUCGGAGACGACGUCACCGAGGCUAUUGACGCUGUUGAGUUGGCUGAUGGUAACCCGCUAAGCCUGCACGCAGGCGAAGUCCGCGCGACAAGCACGUCGUUCAAAGCGACGGUUACCGCGACGCUGAGCACGCUGCAGCACUGCGCCGCGCUCAUGCGCCGCCGCGAGCGCCAGGCGCGCCAGGCCGAGGAGCUGUACAUGGCAUUGAAGAACCAACUGACAGAAGCGAGGUUGGCGUCAAAACCAGGGCCUGAUCACGAGGAGGGACCGCACUCAACGUUACCCGACGAUGAGUUCUACGAUGCCGUGGAAACAGGGUUUGAUAAAAUGGAGGAAGAGCGGUGUGCCCGCGUGGUGUCUCCCAGUGUACACACGAGAGACCAGGUGGAGCUGCCGCCCCCUGCUAUUGAUAACCGGCUCACCGUGCACCCGCUGUGGACUGAGAUCGACAGGAUAUCGACGGAGCAGAUCCAAGCCGCGUUCGAGGACGUCGGAGGCGGCAAUGGUUGGCAGUUAUUCGCUGAAGAAGGCGACAUGAGGAUGUACAGAAGAGAGGUGGAAGUGGACGGGAUGGUGAUGGACCCCUUGAAGGCGAUGCACAAAGUGCGCGGAGUGUCGGCGCGCGAGAUGUGCCACUAUUUCUUCAACCCCCGCUACCGGUACGAGUGGGAAACAACACUUGAGAACAUGAACAUAGUGGAGGAAAUCUCGUCAGACGCGAUGGUGUUCCACCAGACGUUCAAGCGCAUCUGGCCCGUCUCACAACGCGAUGCACUGUUCUGGUCGCACGUGCGCGCCUCCGACGACGACACGUAUGCGGUCAUCAACCAUUCCACCACCAACCCAGACUACCCGGCCAACGCCAGCGGCUGCAUCCGGCUGUUCGUGACGGUGUGCCUGGCGUGCCGCAGCACGUGCCCCGCCGGCGAGCGGCCCUCCCGCGACAACAUCACCACCAGCAUCGCCUACUGCAGCACAGUGAACCCCGGCGGCUGGGCGCCGGCGGGCGUGCUGCGCGCGGUGUACAAGCGCGAGUACCCCAAGUUCCUGAAGCGCUUCACCGGCUACGUCGCCCAGCAGUGCCGCGGCAAGCCGCUCGCCAUCUAGCGCCCGCUGCGGCCGUCCCGCCCGGGCGCCCGACGUGACUCCCGCCGUGUACAAGCGCGAGUACCCCAAGUUCCUGAAGCGCUUCACCGGCUACGUCGCCCAGCAGUGCCGCGGCAAGCCGCUCGCCAUCUAGCGCCCGCUGCGGCCGUCCCGCCCGGGCGCCCGACGUGACUCCCGCCGUGUACAAGCGCGAGUACCCCAAGUUCCUGAAGCGCUUCACCGGCUACGUCGCCCAGCAGUGCCGCGGCAAGCCGCUCGCCAUCUAGCGCCCGCUGCGGCCGUCCCGCCCGGGCGCCCGACGUGACUCCCGCCGUGUACAAGCGCGAGUACCCCAAGUUCCUGAAGCGCUUCACCGGCUACGUCGCCCAGCAGUGCCGCGGCAAGCCGCUCGCCAUCUAGCGCCCGCUGCGGCCGUCCCGCCCGGGCGCCCGACGUGACUCCCGCCGUGUACAAGCGCGAGUACCCCAAGUUCCUGAAGCGCUUCACCGGCUACGUCGCCCAGCAGUGCCGCGGCAAGCCGCUCGCCAUCUAGCGCCCGCUGCGGCCGUCCCGCCCGGGCGCCCGACGUGACUCCCGCCGUGUACAAGCGCGAGUACCCCAAGUUCCUGAAGCGCUUCACCGGCUACGUCGCCCAGCAGUGCCGCGGCAAGCCGCUCGCCAUCUAGCGCCCGCUGCGGCCGUCCCGCCCGGGCGCCCGACGUGACUCCCGCCGUGUACAAGCGCGAGUACCCCAAGUUCCUGAAGCGCUUCACCGGCUACGUCGCCCAGCAGUGCCGCGGCAAGCCGCUCGCCAUCUAGCGCCCGCUGCGGCCGUCCCGCCCGGGCGCCCGACGUGACUCCCGCCGUGUACAAGCGCGAGUACCCCAAGUUCCUGAAGCGCUUCACCGGCUACGUCGCCCAGCAGUGCCGCGGCAAGCCGCUCGCCAUCUAGCGCCCGCUGCGGCCGUCCCGCCCGGGCGCCCGACGUGACUCCCGCCGUGUACAAGCGCGAGUACCCCAAGUUCCUGAAGCGCUUCACCGGCUACGUCGCCCAGCAGUGCCGCGGCAAGCCGCUCGCCAUCUAGCGCCCGCUGCGGCCGUCCCGCCCGGGCGCCCGACGUGACUCCCGCCGUGUACAAGCGCGAGUACCCCAAGUUCCUGAAGCGCUUCACCGGCUACGUCGCCCAGCAGUGCCGCGGCAAGCCGCUCGCCAUCUAGCGCCCGCUGCGGCCGUCCCGCCCGGGCGCCCGACGUGACUCCCGCCGUGUACAAGCGCGAGUACCCCAAGUUCCUGAAGCGCUUCACCGGCUACGUCGCCCAGCAGUGCCGCGGCAAGCCGCUCGCCAUCUAGCGCCCGCUGCGGCCGUCCCGCCCGGGCGCCCGACGUGACUCCCGCCGUGUACAAGCGCGAGUACCCCAAGUUCCUGAAGCGCUUCACCGGCUACGUCGCCCAGCAGUGCCGCGGCAAGCCGCUCGCCAUCUAGCGCCCGCUGCGGCCGUCCCGCCCGGGCGCCCGACGUGACUCCCGCCGUGUACAAGCGCGAGUACCCCAAGUUCCUGAAGCGCUUCACCGGCUACGUCGCCCAGCAGUGCCGCGGCAAGCCGCUCGCCAUCUAGCGCCCGCUGCGGCCGUCCCGCCCGGGCGCCCGACGUGACUCCCGCCGUGUACAAGCGCGAGUACCCCAAGUUCCUGAAGCGCUUCACCGGCUACGUCGCCCAGCAGUGCCGACCGACUGGACUGCAUGUCGAUCGAUGCUAGAUGUCGCGUGACACCUGCACACCCGGAGAUUUCAACAAUCGAAAGCUGUUAAAGACGCGUUCACAUAAAGUUUUCGGCUCGCGGUGAGCCAUCAGUUAACACCCGUGUUUUACAUUGAAUGGUUCGAACUGCGGCAGAUGCAACCGACGAUAAUAUUAAUAUGAACGCGCUCGUUUUCAAUGUUUAAGUUGUUUACUGGUCACUACAAAAGUAUUGACAAUGACCUACGUCUGAAUAAUACAAAUGUCUUCUGCCUUAAACCGAAGUGACUACGUAUUAUUAUUAUUAUGCACAUACAUUAUACAAAUAUUGUAUUUUAUUGUCGAGCUCUUCCCACGAACUGUAAACUUAUUCCAAGGUAAUUUUGACUGGUAUGACUGGAGUAGGCUACGCAUUUUACGUGAAAAAUUAACUGUUGGGAAAAAGUCGUCAACACAGCUCCAAACAGUCUUACGGUUAUGUAGUAUAUAAAGUAUAUGGUUCAUUGAAGGGAUCAACGACCGCUACAUGCGGCAAGUGAGGUAAAUUCCUACUUGUAUUAUAUGCACGUAUUAGAUAUAGUCAACUAAAAUAAAAUAAAUACAUAGUAGACGUACACUGUUUGUUGAAGGUUAAAUGUGUGGUUUCCAAGCUAAAAGUCCCACUUUGUCGCUUGGCAUAAGGAUGCUUUGACAGGUUAUUCGUAUAAAGAUACAAACGAUCUAAGACCAAACGGUCUAAGAUCUCGUCCUUAUGGUAAACGACAAAGUGGGAACUUUGACUGUAGACUUCGACACAAAUAUUGGCGUGGUCAUGCUAGUUCAAAGAGAUGGUGCUGCAAGUGUGUACGUCUACUAUAGUAAUAUUAUUUAUGUAAUCAGGUUAGAUAAUUAUUAAAUUGUUGUAAAUUGUAAAGUUGUUAUGUGUGUCGCACGUGGGGUGUAGUCAGAUGAGAUUUUUCUCCAUUUUCGUCGGCUUAGUGUGAUGACGUCAUGAGUUACAGAACAGUUCAUUUACAUUCGAUCGAAAUCACUCUUCGCCCGUUAAUGAGCUGUCAAAUAUUUCGUAAACGAUUAUUUCUGCUCUAUACAACAACCGAGGUGAUAUUUGAUACCCGCGGUAUUUCACCACCACACACAUGAAAGGUUAAAUAAUCGCAAAUAACUAAAAAUGUGAUUUUUCUGUAAAACGCUCUGAAAUGUUCACCUUAAUGUAGCAAACAAAAAAUCGAACCAUUAUUAUCCUGGUUUAGCGGACGGGAAGUUCGUUACUGUAUUGUUUUUACUUUUUUUAAACAUGUAUCCACUAAAAAAAACAGCCUAUUAAUAGCAGCGGGCCGCGUCUACACGACACGGUGGAAAGCUAACAUUUCAAGGCUAUAGGAUAGAGUGAAAUAGUAAGAUAAACGACCUGACAAGACUCCUAAAGAGUUUUAUAGAAGAGAACUUUUAUAGUCUGUCAAGCCAUCCCCGUCAGUAGAAAAAAAAGCGGCAAAUUUAAAAAUAGUAGGCGCGAAGAGUUAUUGUCCCAUACAAAAUAUGAAAAGGAUCUCAUGCGUGCACAUACAGCUUAUAUUGUAUAUUAACACAUUCGCUACCAACGUUUUCGUAGCACUACGUUCGUAGCCGAUCCCAGCGUUUUCCCGCUUUGUAGAGGAAAGCGACUACGAACAGAGAACCCGCCGAGCGGGUUCCCGGUACUCAAUGUGUUAAUUAUUUUUAUUGCUCAAUUAUAUGGACGGAACGAAAAUUAAAUGGUACUGAAUGGCAGAAUAAAUUGUGCAUUUAACUUUUAAAAAAUAAUUCAAAAGGUAAAUUGUUUUUGACGUGUUUCAUGUGUUCGAUUUGAGUGAUGGUUGAUGCUUAAAAUAAUGAUUAUUUUAUCUUAUUUCCUUCCAUGUUUGGAGAAAAGCACUAUAUAUGCCUCGAUUGCCUCGGCAGGAAUCGCAAUUCGUGGAUUCGUCUUCUUUGUCGGACGACGCGAAGCAAAAUCGAAACUCAUCCACAAAAUGCCCCUUCCCGGCCUCUGCAAUAAUGUAGGUAGGUACUAUUGUUUUGAAUGUAAAUGAACAUGAGUGUACACUUCGUUUAUAGUACCUGAUUAUCGCACAACUUGUCCGGCGAUCGGUCUAGAUAAUGAUCUCGUUUUAGAAUUGCGACGCGCAUCUUUAAGGCCAGGUUUUAUAAAGAUCCCUAAGAUGUAUGUCAGUAAUUAAAGUAAAAAAUGUACUGAUUAUUUGAUUUACCAUAAGCCUUAAUAUAUAUAUGGGAUCCUUAUAGAACCGAAGCUUAUACUUAUACUACUUAUUUUAAUCUAUGGAUUUAGGUUAUAUGUAAUUUCAUGCAAAUACUGAAAUGCCGAGUAGCCAUUAGUGUUGUCACCAAGUACGUUCUCAGUGUUGUAUGGGGGAACGUUCUUGCUCGAUAAUCAAACGGAUUAUAAUUAUUUUUUAAAUAUACCUACUAUGAACGUCGUAUCGUAUUCAGAAAUUACAUUAUGUUUUAUUAGUUUCGUGAUGUGUUUGUAAUUGUAUUCCAAAGAGUAAAUUUUAUAUUACCGUCAUGUUUAAGAUUACAGCGAAUGUGGACAGCGUAAGCGAACUAGCAUUGUGAAGUUGAUUUAUAAACUGUCAAGAGUCUACCGAUCAUUAAUCAAAUCAGAAUACGGAAUAUAGUUUCAAUCGAUGAAAUGAAUGAUGAUUCCAUGCCGCUUUUACUAAUAAGGCGACAAGGGCCAAGCGGUAAAACCUGAUAAGUUGAGCAAAUAAAGCAAAGCUAACGUAAUUUGCCCACAAAAGGAAAUUACAAAAAUAAUCGAAUGCCAAAUCACGAAGUAUCCAUUUAUAUUAGUAUAUGGCCUAUAUAUCUGUACUGGAAUUUCAAAAGGAUACAUUGUUAUAUCGUAAACGUUGAAACUAUGAAUAAUGUUGUACAUAAAUUAUAUUUUAAAGCAACAUUACAUGUAAAUAGAGAAUAAUACAUACCAAGGGAUUGCCCUCCUCUCGAUAGCUUUCUCCUUCAUUUAGAUGUCACUGGCGGUAACAUGGGAAACUAUUAUGUUAUUGAAUUGGAUUUGUGUUUUUGAAGUAUGACUUUAUAUGAUAGCGUACGUUAGUACCUUAUUAAAGUAGGUAUUCGGUUAAUUUCUUAUAUUGUUAUCCUAGUGGUUCUUUGUAAUUAUGAGACAUACUUUUUAAAUUUGCAUAUUAUUUCCAUUCCAGCUGUUUCAGGCUGACAUUGUACAGGAUUUCAUGUAAAUUAAAUCCCGGUUAUACAGAAUAUUACGGGAGAAUAUAUAAAUUGCAUUUAUAAUAUAUAACGCGAUGUUGGAAUUGUAAUAAGUUAUAUAAUGUAAAAAUAUGUUUUUUAAUUAUUGUUUGUAAUAAAAUGUUUUAUGAUUGAAAAA